AUGAUGAGUAUAUCUACUAAUCCUGGCAUUUUAAAUAACCAUUCUAAUAUUUAUGAUCAUUCUGUUAUCAUUGAUUACAACAACUUUGAUAUUGAUGAUUUAUUUGAACUUUUGAAGAAAGAGAACAAAACAAAAAUCGAGGAUAAUGCCAGUGAGGAAACGAACAGCUUGGAUUCGAUUCAAAGAACAAUAAAUUCGUUACCUAAAAUAAGAUCCUCUUUUGAACAAUAUACAUACGAUAGGCAUUUUGGUCAUAAAGAAUACUUAUCAAAGGCUAAAACUGAGAUUACUUUUACCAGAGAAAAUAAAAUAAAAGAGAAAAAGGAAUCAAUUACUGAAAAAUGGUUUAGUAUUGGGAAACCGGAAAUGACUCCAGAAAUCAAAAGAGAUUUGCUAUUAGUCCAACAAAGAAGUGCUUUGGAUCCUAAAAGAUUUUACAAGAAAGAAAAAUGGCAAAUUCCAAAACAUUUUCAGAUUGGAACUGUAAUUGAGCCUACUACAAACACAAAACUAUACCCUAAUAAGAAAAUUAAAGGGCAAACAAUGUUGCAAUCAUUAAUGAAUGACAAAGAUUCAAAAUCAUACUUCAAGAAGAAAUAUGAUGAAAUUCAAAAAAGUAAAAGAAGUGGUAAAAAAGCACAUUACAAAAAAGUUCAAAAACUAAGGAGAAGGUUUUAA